CCCCUUCCUCCCGUGUUUCUGUUUCCCAGCACACACCACCGUCUCUUGAAUCGCGUACCUACCUAUUCCUCAAGGGCCUCAGGUCAAGUCGUCUAUGGAUCUGACCAAUACUGUGCAAAGGUACAGUCACAGCUCACAGUGCUUGCCCUGUGUACAACCAUCUCCGAGGCACGCGUGCCUAGGCAGACGCAGGCAUUGGCAGGCGCUUCCUCAAAAUUUCCCCGACUGCCCUUGGAAAUCAGGAAGGAGCAUGGGUGCUUGUACCUUCCUGGCCUGCUGCUGUCACGCGGUCUCUACCCGUCUCUCUUGCUGUCUUGCGCGGUCCUGGGCUGUCUGCGUAAUUUAUUCUUCCUUCUGCGUGUGCAAAUGAAAAUUUCCUUCUCCUUCGGAAUUUCCUACCACCUCUCGCCUCCCACCUUCCUCUUUUCCCUUCAAUGUACCUUGCCUCUUCUUCCUCUGCGUCAUCAAUCUGUUGCUUGUUCUUUGGCUGCACGGCGGACUCUGACUCGACCAAAAUUCCAUCACCGAGAGUCGAUCCCCAAAACGGGACACACACAAGCAAGAAUCCGGCAAAUCCUCUGUUAUUUAUCACCUUAG